AUGUUUAACUCCGUCAAUCUGAGCAACUUCUGCUCCCAGACGCGAAAAGACAGAGGUUCUGAAUUCGGGGACCGAACGGGCUGCGGCUCGAGUCUCUACCUGCCCAACUGUGCCUACUACGUGCCCGAAUUCUCCUCUUCCUCCUCUGCGGUGUCCUCGUUCCUGCCGCAGGCUUCCUCUCGUCAGAUCGCCUACCCGUACCCGACCAGCCUGUCUCACGUGCAGCCGGUUCGGGACGUGUCAUACGGACUGGACCCGUCAGCCAAGUGGCACCACAGAGGCAGUUACGCGCCCUGCUACACGGCAGAGGAAUGCCUUCCGCCAUCGUCGUCCAUGACAGAAAUGCUGAUGAAGAACGAGAACGUUUACAACAACCACCACCACCAUCACCACCAUCAUCCUCAUCACCAUCACCUCCACCAACAAGCCGGUACCAGCUUUUACUCCGGCACGGGCAAGAACAACAACGUCCUCCCUCAAGGUUUUGACCGAUUUUUUGAAGGCGCCUACAGUAGUUCCGUGGAGGACUGCGUGCAAAAACAAGAGGACACCAGUAAAGCAGAUCCGGCGGCGCGGUCGGACCCAGAAAAAGAUAAUCAACACCGAGAGGAUGAGGACGACGAAGACGAGAACACCACUACCGACAACACGACCACCACUGCGGCGACCAAAGAUGACGGCGCCUGCAAAAACGAGCUCUCCAGUGCCACACGGACGCGGAAGAAGCGAUGCCCCUACACCAAGUUCCAGAUCCGUGAGCUUGAACGUGAAUUCUUCUUUAACGUUUACAUCAACAAAGAAAAGCGACUGCAGCUCUCCCGCAUGUUAAACCUCACCGACCGGCAGGUGAAAAUUUGGUUCCAAAACCGGCGGAUGAAAGAGAAGAAACUGAGCCGAGAUCGACUGCAGUACUUCUCUGGUAACCCGCUUUUGUGAACUCUGUAGUUUUUUUUGUUUUUGUUUUUUGGAUGCUGUAUUUUGUCAAUCCCAAAAUUCUAAAGCAAAAAUGAGUGAUUAAUAGCACGUGAUUCAAAUAUUCGCCAGUGUUGGAUUGUUGGGACUUUCCAGGACACACAAAAAUGCAAAUCAUCUUAAGCAUUGAAAUAUUAAUAAGGCAUAA